AUCACCACCCUCGAUCACACCCACCUCUCCUCAUUUAUUUCCACUCUCACUCAACCUCCCAAAUCAAAACAAACAAACAACUCUUUCAUGUCAGAGAGAAAAAAUGGUAACCCACUCUCACUCCCUGUCUCUCUCUCUCUCUCUCUCUCUCUAACCCUGUUGGACAACCACAUUGGCUCUGAUUGAACCACAUUCGUCUCGCACUUCUCGAGCCAUGGCUGCAGCACUGGAAUGCUGGUCGAGCCGCGCGAGCACCGACGAGGACAUGGUCGAGCAAGUCUUGAUGCGAACCCAAGACCGAUCGGAAGGCCUGCCGGAGAACUCAUCGUCGUCGUCCUCCUCCUCCUCUUCCUCCGCCACGGCCGCCGCUAUCGCCGGCGUCAAGGAGUCGUCGGCGAUGCAAAAGCGGUUUCAGAGGCUGAGCCGCAACGUUUCCGAGGCCAUCGCCUCGCUCAAGAACUCACUCAAUCUCGACUCGGCUCGUGACUCGCCUCCGCCGCCGCAGUCUCGGAUCGAGAGCUGCCGGAAAGUCGUCUGGGGCAGCGUUGUAAGGAACUUGACUCAACUCUAUCCCGGUAGUCAGCUUCCAGAGAAGCUCGUCUCCAACAUCCGCAAACACUACGAUUCAUUACCACUCAGCUAUGCACAGGCUGGAUUUGAUAUGAAAGAUGUGUUUAUGCAUAUCAAAUUGAUAGAGCAAGCUUCCGUGGAUGAUCAGCCGGCGAUUUUGAUUCAAGAGGUUUCUGAUGAUGAAGUUCAAGGCUCUGUUUUUAAGCUUACAUUUGCUUGUAACUCUGCAAUUUCUUGGGCAGCCAUGUCCGGUGCCCUGGAUAGCGCUUCGAUUUGUUGCAAGAAGAUACAGAUUUUUGAGAAAAAGGGUUUCACGCUAGGAAUUGUUUUGCUUCUAGUUCAACCUGGGCAAGAGAAAUUGUUCAAAACCCUGAUCGAAAAUGCUCUGAAAUCGUCUUUGAAGAAGCCAAAAUCUACAACAAUGAAGCUUGCAUUUGGUUUAUGUGGGUGUCAAGAAGAGAAUACUAGAGGGAGAGAGCUUGGAGAGAUCGAUGAGGAUUGCAGCGAACCCAAUUACAGGAAUGGGAUCGAGAAUUCGAGUGUGAAGAUUCAGCUUGAGAUGCCUUUACCUACUUCAUCUUUUGUUGUUUCUGUUGAUGAAUGGCAGACGGUUCAAUCGGGUGGGGCCGAGAUCGGGAAUUGGUUGCUCAACUCUGAUAGUCUUGAGUUUAUUGAUCAGAUCGGACACAAUACAUUCAAGGGAGUUUAUAAGGGCAAGAGGGUCGGAAUUGAGAAGCUCAAGGGGUGUGAUAAGGGAAAUUCGUAUGAAUUUGAGCUCCGAAAAGAUUUGCUGGAGUUGAUGACUUGUGGACAUAAGAAUAUUUUGCAGUUUUAUGGUGUUUGCGUAGAUGAAGUUCAUGGAUUAUGCGUCGUGACUAAGUACAUGGAAGGUGGGUCAGUUCAUGAUAUUAUGCUGAAGAACAAGAAACUACAGACUAAGGAAAUUAUAAGGAUUGCUGCGGAUGUGGCAGAAGGGAUGAAGUUCAUGAACGACCAUGGUGUUGCAUACAAAGAUCUGAACACACAGAGGAUCUUGUUGGAUCGUCACGGGAAUGCUUGUUUGGGAGACAUGGGUAUAGUCACUGCUUGUAAGAGUGUUGGGGAUGCAAUGGAGUAUGAAACUGAUGGUUACCGGUGGCUGGCUCCUGAGAUUAUUGCAGGUGACCCAGAAAGUGUUACAGAAUCAUGGAUGAGUAACGUCUAUAGUUUUGGGAUGGUAAUCUGGGAGAUGGUGACUGGUGAGGCAGCCUAUUCUGCAUAUUCACCCGUACAGGCAGCUGUAGGGAUAGCUGCUUGCGGGCUUAGGCCUGAAAUCCCCAAGGACUGUCCACAAAUCCUCAGAACUUUGAUGAUGAAGUGCUGGAACAAUUGCCCUUCGAAGCGUCCCCAAUUCUCUGAAAUUCUGUCGAUGUUGCUGCGGCCCAACAACAGCAACAACAACAGCAGUAAGUAAAAAGUCCUGAUGAUCUCUUACGAACCUAAUCUACUGAUACUAAAUGUUUCAGUACAAAGAGCCUCCUAUCAUAUAGGUGCUGCCAUUUCAAUAUGUAGAUGUAAGAUGUUUGAUUUUCUCGACAGAAAUGAAGAUGUAAAUCUUCUACUUUAGCUUUGAAAUCAACCUUUCUUACCAGAGUGCAGAAAAACAUAGAAAAGUGAAAUAUUAUUUUGUGUUCAUUGUUUUCUCUAGGUUGGAAUGUGUUUUAUUCUUGAUGAAGAUGUGACUGGUGGGAAAUCAAUUAUGUUUUUUCCUCGUAUGUGUGCCGUUUGGGUGACGGGGCAUUUCAGAUUACUAAGGAAAAUCAAUAAAAUACAGAAAAGGGGAGAAAAAGCAAAAGAAAGGAGAUUGUGGUUUGAUGGGCCUACAA